UCUCGACCAGAUUCUAGUCACCAUUUUCCGUCCAGAUACACCGAAUAUGAAAACAGCAGCAUUUCCCUUCGCCGUCAAAUUCGCUCCUUUCCCGUUCCACUAGAAUUCCCCGCCAGAAUGGAAUCUGCCUUAACAGAACCAUUUCUGGGCCCUAUUUCUUCUUCCCCAACUAAUCUCAAACCCCCAGAAUCUUCUACGAUGCCGGGCGAUUCUCUGGCACGAACCACCACCGCCGCCGGCGAAUCUCAUAACCCCCGAAGCUACUGGAGAUUCGCCAAAUCCGAUUUCUUCCCCGAACCCUCCUUCAGCAGCUGGUCCUCCUACCGCUCCGCACUCUCCCUCACAUUCCCCCGUCUCCGCAACCGCCUCCUCCACCGCUCCUCUGAUUCCGAUGAGACCGACCUCCUCCGGCGCCGCAGCGAGAACUCCAUGCGCCGCUGCCUCACAUGGUGGGAUCUCGGCUGGCUUGGAUUUGGAUCCGUCGUGGGAACUGGUAUCUUCGUUCUCACCGGCGAGGAAGCACGUCUCAACGCCGGACCCGCCAUCGUCCUCUCAUACGCCACCGCCGGCCUUUCUGCACUCCUAUCCGUCCUAUGCUACGCCGAGUUCGCCGUCGAGAUUCCCUCCGCCGGCGGAUCGUUCUCAUAUCUCCGCGUCGAGCUUGGCGACACUGCAGCUUACCUCGCGGCGGCUAACAUUCUCCUCGAAGCACUCGUCGGCGCCGCAGGGCUUGCGCGUUCCUGGACUUCCUAUUUCGCAACCCUAAUUGGCCGAGACGCCGACGCCCUCCGCAUUCACGUUCCAUCCCUCGCUGAGGGUUUCAAUCUUCUCGACCCAAUCGCGGUCGUCGUCCUCAUUUCCUGCUCAACUUUUGCGGCCCUAGGCACCCACAGAACCUCCAUUCUCAAUUGGAUUGCCUCGAUCCUCACCCUUUUCGUCAUCGCUUUCGUAAUUGCCGCCGGAUUUGUUAACGCCAAGCCCUCAAAUCUAUCCCCAUUCUUCCCAUUUGGUGCAGGUGGGGUUUUCCGUGCUGCUGCCGUCGUCUAUUGGGCAUAUACUGGUUUCGACAUGAUGGCAACAAUGGCAGAAGAAACGAAGAACCCAUCGAGGGACAUUCCAAUCGGCUUAAUCGGAUCAAUGUCGGCAAUCACUGUUGUUUACUGCGUGAUGGCACUUGCCUUGGUGAUGAUGCAGAAAUACUCCGAGCUCGACACCAACGCAGCUUACUCCGUCGCGUUCGCCGCCACCGGGAUGAAAUGGGCAAAGUACUUAGUAGCGCUUGGCGCGCUCAAGGGUAUGACCAGGACUCUCGGCCAGGCUCGGUACUCGACGCAGAUUGCUAGGGCUCACAUGAUACCCCCCUUCUUCGCUCUCGUCCACCCGAAAACAGGUACGCCAAUCCACGCCACUCUUCUGGUAACGCUGUCAAGCGCCAUCAUUGCCUUCUUCUCCAGUCUCGACGUUCUCGCCAGUGUGUCUUCCAUUAGUACCCUGUUCAUCUUCAUGCUUAUGGCCGUGGCGUUGCUUGUCAGAAGAUACUAUGUGAGGGAAGUCACUCCAAAAUCCUAUCUUUUGAAGCUCAUUGCCUUGCUUCUCUUGAUCGUCGGUUCCUCUAUUGGGAUUUCAGCGUACUGGAACUCGGGAGCGAGAGGGUGGAUUGGGUAUGCAAUUGCGGUGCCACUCUGGUGUUUGGGCACGCUUGGGUUGAUUGUGCUGAUUCCUCAGCAGCGGAUGCCUAAAGUGUGGGGUGUUCCACUGGUGCCUUGGCUGCCGUCGGCCUCUAUAGUGACAAACAUUUUUCUCAUGGGAUCUCUUGGAUACCAGGCAUUCAUUAGGUUUGGAAUCUGCACUGUGGUAAUGCUGGCCUAUUACGUGCUAGUUGGUGUUCAUGCGACCUAUGAUAUUGCUCAUGGGGAGGAAGAUGAUAAGUUGGAAGGCUUGAAGGUGGAAACUGGCAAUUGUGGACAUUAGAUUUUAAGAUAUCAGGUAAAGUAGAAAAUUUUUUUACUGGAUGUUCAGAUUAUUGAGUUUUCAGCCGAGCUGAAGAUAGCCAUAGAAAUAAUGAAAGUUCGCUCUAUUUUGAGCUCUAUUUUGUUCGUCGUCUCCUUAAAUUUAAUUAUAAAUAUUCGAGGAGGGAUGUGCUCGAAUUUGUAGCACAUUGGUUGAAAAUAUUAAAAUUUUAUUUUUUUUAUGGUUCCUUAUUUUGUGAUGUUGUAUAAUAAUAUGU